CUGGAUUAUAUUCAACAUACGUCAGUCGCGGCACAGAUCCAGCAGGAUGGCGGCGCUGACCCUGGACGGCAUCAAGCAGUUUAACCUCGCCAUCGACCACGAAGAAUGGAAGCUCGACACACUGCGUGACCUUUAUGAAGUGCUUACCAUCGACCAAUCCAUCCUUUACUCAUCCAUCAUUUACUGCAACACGCGACGAAAAGCCGACUGGCUUGCCGCCCGCCUGCGAUCGCACGACUUUGUCGUGUCUGAAGUAGACAGCGACAUGGGCGAACAAGCUCGCGCGAUCGCCUUGACCGAGUUUCGAAGGGGCUGUUCACGUAUACUGGUUACGACCGACACGUGUGUCCGUGAUGCUGGCGCGGUGCCGCUCGUGAUCAACUACGACUUUCCCACAUCUUGCGAAACAUACAUCAACCGCAUCGGCCGCUCGGGUCGUUUUGGGCACAAGGGUGUGACCAUCAACUUUGUGACACUCAGCGACGCGCGCGCUCUUCGUGAUGUCGAGCAGCGUUUCGACAUCCAAAUCGAAGACAUGCCGAUGAAUGUUGCCGAUCUACUUUGAACGACUCCGAUCCGUCCAGCACCGGUAACGAUGGGCCCUCCACCAAGCGCUCCUGUAGAUUGGCGUGACGACCAUUCGUUCCCAUUGCCUCGUUUGCUAAGACUGCAGUGAUGCUACCGACAGACAAAGCCAGAAUUGCCACGUUCCCUCUUGGUCUCGUCCGCGUUGCAACUGAAGCGCACGGUAGUGGCAAUAUCCAGGCGUUGCUAUAUGUCCGCAGUACAGCAGCAUACAAUGGAGGCCAUUCAUGGCGACGGAA